GUGAUCCUUUGAUGUAAAAUAUGUUGGUUAGUUUUUACAUUGUUCGUUAUUACGACAUUCUUAUAAAUAUUUUAUAUAAAAGAAUAGAUAUAACAUUAAAUAUUUUUUUAUCAAAUGGAGUUAUAAAAAAAUUAAUAAAUCUUCCUAUUCAUAAAAACAAGGUUUUAUGUUUAAUCCAACAAUAUUUUAAAAUAUUAAAAAUAAAUAUGGAUGCCGAUUUUGAGGAUUUGUCACACGAUGUGGAACUCAUUUCGAGGUUAAAACAACUUUACCAAGCAACCUUAAGAUUCGAAGAUAGAAUUGAUCUUGCUAAUGAUCCUGCUAUAUAUGACAAACUUUCUAAUAGUGACAAAAUAAAAUACAAUUUGUUAAUGUCAUAUAGUCUUAAUAGCAUGUUCUGGAUGUAUUUACGCACUGAAGGUAUUGAUCCUACAAAACAUCAAAUAAAAAAUGAAAAUGAUAGAUUAAAAAAGUCAAUGGAACGUGCUAAACAAAUCAAUGAUAAAAAUACACUUAUGCCACGUGUAGAUAAAAAUGCAGCACAAAGAUUUAUAAGAAAUAGUUUAUGGGAACCGAAAGUAAAUGAAAAGGAUAAUAAUGAAAAUAAAUGAGAAAGAUAAAUAAAUAAAUAUGAAAGAUAAGAUUCUAAAACAGGCUGUUAUGGAAAAAUCUAUGGAAUUAUGAUCAAUAUGCUUGCUUUAGUAAUAGAGUUUACAAUUUAUCUAUAUAAAUAUUGUAAAUUCUAAAUUGUGCAUUAAUGUAUAAUUUUUUUUGUGCAUUAAUUAUUACUUCAUACAUUUUCUUAUUUGAUAUGUGUAAAUAAUAAUAAAAUUAUUUACAACUUGUUUAUAUAUAAGUAUAACAGUGAUUGUCAAGUUGACAUUUUAUAUAGGAUAGCUAAAUGAGAGUACUUAAAUAUUUGUCUUGUGUAUUGUAUGAUACAAUUUUUCAGGUGAAAAAAUAACAUUAUUUCAAAAGGUAUAUGUAAUAGAGUAGAAAUAAUUUUUUUUUGUAAUCAUUUUUUUAUGAAAUUUCAAGUUCGUUAGUACUGUUUUUUUUU